AUGCGAGCAAGACAACCAGGAACAAGGAUCACUGCUUUGCCAUCACACUUGAUCGGAAAAAUAGUAACUAUGGUUGGGGGUAAAUCACAAAUCGAUGCUUUUAAGUUCCAGUUAGUGUUUCGUCCAUUAAGUGUUCAUAUGUAUGAAGUGAAAAGCAAAUGCAGAAAAUUGAACAACCCACAUGUACUCUUCAACGAUGGAAUGGCGAAAUAUUUUACGAUAUGGGAAGAAAUAGCAGGGAAACAGUUGCUUCGAGAUGCAGCUGAUCAGGGGAAGUUGGAUGCGAUCUUCAUUCUGGGAAUGAUGUUGAUGGCCGAAGGCAUUGAAAGGAAGCAAGAAGCUCUGAUCAUGUUAAAUAAUGCCUAUGUUAAUAUUAGAAGAAGUUGGAAUCUAAGACAUUCUGUAACAAGGUUCAAAACCACUUGUUAUGGAGAACAAAGAAGAUAA